UGUUGACAGCGGCGGCGGCGGCGGAGCCGGGCGGGCGGCGGGAGUAGGCACCUCCGGUCCUGCCUCUGGUCCCGAGGCGGCGGUGGCCCGGCGGCCCGGGAUGGCCUUCAUGGAGAAGCCGCCGGCCGGCAAGGUGCUGCUGGACGACACGGUGCCGCUGACAGCGAGCGCUGAGGUCCGGAGGGGCCGAGAAGGGAACCGCAGCCCCCAGGUCCGGAGAUUUGGGGAUUUUGCAACUGAGUCUGUUUCUCCCCUCUUUUUCCAGGAAUACAUCAUUCGGGUGCAGAGAGGAAUUUCUGUAGAAAACAGCUGGCAGAUUGUUAGAAGAUAUAGUGACUUUGAUUUGCUGAACAGCAGCUUGCAGAUUUCAGGCCUAAGUCUACCUCUUCCUCCCAAAAAAUUGAUUGGUAACAUGGAUCGUGAAUUCAUAGCUGAGAGGCAGAAAGGUCUUCAGAACUAUCUCAACGUUCUCACCACAAAUCAUAUCCUGUCUAACUGUGAGCUGGUGAAGAAGUUUUUAGAUCCAAACAACUAUGCUGUGAACUACACUGGUAAGCAGAGAUUGGUGCAAAAAAUAUGUAGCUAUAAACACAUCUCUGCUUUUAUGGCAGGUUGGAGGAUAAGAAAGAAAUAUUUCUUGAUGAAGAUUAAAAAUCAGCCAAAGGAACGGCUAGUGUUAAGCUGGGCUGACCUUGGCCCCGACAAGUACCUGUCAGAUAAAGAUUUUCAGUGUCUAAUCAAACUACUUCCUUCCUGCUUGCACCCUUACAUCUAUCGGGUUACCUUUGCCACAGCUAAUGAAUCCUCAGCGUUGCUAAUUAGGACGUUUAAUGAAAAAGGAACUUUGAAGGACCUGAUCUAUAAGGCAAAACCAAAAGACCCAUUCCUAAAGAAGUACUGCAACCCCAAGAAGAUUCAGGGCCUUGAACUCCAGCAAAUAAAAACAUAUGGGCGGCAAAUAUUAGAGGUACUGAAGUUUCUACAUGACAAGGGAUUCCCUUAUGGGCAUCUUCAUGCCUCCAAUGUGAUGCUAGAUGGGGACACUUGCCGGCUGCUAGACCUUGAGAAUUCCUUGUUGGGCCUGCCUUCCUUCUACCGAUCCUACUUCUCACAGUUCAGGAAGAUCACCACGUUGGAAAGUGUGGAUGUUCACUGCUUUGGCCACUUACUGUAUGAAAUGACCUAUGGACGACCGCCAGACUCGGUGCCUGUAGACUCCUUCCCGCCUGCGCCGUCCAUGGCUGUGGUGGCCGUGUUGGAGUCCACGCUGUCUUGUGGAGCCUGUAAAAAUGGCAUGCCUACCGUCUCCCGGCUCUUACAGAUGCCAUUAUUCAGUGAUGUUUCACUAACCACUUCUGAAAAGCCACAGUUCAAGAUCCCCACAAAGUUAAAAGAGGCAUUGAGAAUUGCCAAAGAAUGUAUAGAAAAGAGACUAAUUGAAGAACAGAAACAGAUUCACCAGCACCGAAGACUGACGAGGGCACAGUCACACCAUGGCUCUGAGGAAGAAAGGAAAAAGAGGAAAAUUUUAGCUCGAAAGAAGUCAAAACGAUCUGCUAUUGAGAACAGUGAAGAACAUUCAGCAAAAUACAGCAAUUCCAAUAAUUCAGCAGGAUCUGGGGCCAGCUCACCUCUCACAUCCCCGUCCUCACCGACUCCGCCCUCUACAGCAGGGACAUCAGCGUUGCCUCCACCUCCUCCACCUCCACCACCAGCAGCUCCCUUGCCUCCGGCGAGCACAGAGGCACCGGCACAGCUCCCUCCCCAGGCUGUGAAUGGUGUGAGCAGAGGGGCCUUGCUCAGCUCCAUCCAGAAUUUCCAAAAAGGAACUUUGAGGAAAGCCGAAACCUGUGAUCACAGUGCUCCUAAAAUCGGCUGAAGCUUCCUGUUUACACGUGGAGGGAAAAGCUCUUUGUCCCCUCCCAGCCCCUUCUUCCUGAUCAUUGCGGAGCCAGUACACCACAUACUGUUUUGCAGAUACUCAUGUAAGAGGCUUUUCAAGAGAGAAAUAUUCUUCAGGUAGAAGGAAGUUGGGCUGGCACUACU